AAUUGUAAAGCACACAAUAUAUAUUUCCAGUGUACACAGUAAUGACACCUGACACCUACCAAAUGUAGGGCAGUGCGUGUACCAGUCGUCCUUCUCUUUGGUCAAACCAUUUGCCUAUUAGCAUCAAUCCUACAACUAAAUUUCAUUAAUUCAAAAACGUGUUUAAAAUACAAUUACACAAUUAGUGGAAACAUUAGAAAGAAAAUUAAAACAAAACAAUAAUUUUAGGGUAAAUAUGGAACGGAAAUAGGAUUAAAUGAAUUUACUUACUAACUAUUAUAGGAAAAAGAAAUAAAUCUGAUUAAUAACUUUCAACGAUUCUUAUUAAAGUAAUUAAUUAUUUACACAAUAUUGAAUUUUAAACAAGGAACUGUGGAGUAAUAAAAACCCCGAUAUUACACUUCGCAGCCCCUAUUUUGAUUUCUCUCUCUCUCUCUCUCUCUCUCUCUCUCUCUCUUGGUACAUAUGUAUAUCUGCGCCUCCAUCGUCUCAUCUACCUAUCCCGCCGCCGUUACCGCCACCACUUGAGCCACCGGUGUUCUAGGGUUUCACAGAGCUCGAUUUCAAUUUCUUUCUGCGCGUCAAUCUCUUCACGCCGCUCUUUCACCGGCUUCGUCGAUUAAUCGUCACCGAUUUCCCAAACCUAAAUCUCCCCGCUCCCUUUCAUUUAUCUUUUAACUCAACACUGGAAGUGAAGAAUAUCUAAAAUCUCGCGUUUUUCAGAUUAAUCUGUGUGAUUAGGGUUCUUGGUAUGAGUUGCCCUCCGAAAUCAGUUCGACUAGGGCAGGGCUGAAAAAAAUAUUAGAUUUGAGGUACUUUUUAUGGCAUUGGGUGAUUUGAUGGCGGCAUCGCGGUUUUCACAGUCUGGGGCGGAGGUUUCGAGUCAUUUGGAGGAGUUCUCCGCCAACGGGAAUCAUGUGGAGGAGGACGGAGAUAUGAAUGUUUAUAGUAGCAAUAACAUUAAUAAUAAUAAUAGCAAUGCUCGGGAUUUAUCUGAGAUGGCAAGUAGUAGCUAUGCUGCAAUGACCACCACGACAAGCAUGGCUUACUUGCCACAGACUGUUGUGUUGUGCGAGCUUCGGCACGAUGGCUUCGAGGAUUGCAUGCCCUCUGGACCGUCAGACAGUGGUUUAGUCUCUAAAUGGAGGCCUAGGGAUCGAAUGAAGACGGGAUGUGUUGCUCUAGUUCUUUGUUUAAAUAUCAAUGUCGAUCCACCUGAUGUGAUUAAGAUAUCUCCUUGUGCCCGGAUGGAAUGCUGGAUCGACCCAUUCUCUAUGGCACCCCAAAAAGCUAUUGAGGCGAUAGGAAGGAACUUGAAUCAACAGUAUGAGAGGUGGCAACCUAAAGCCCGUUAUAAAUGUACGCUAGAUCCUACUGUUGAUGAAGUCAAGAAACUGUGUACAACAUGCCGCAAAUAUGCAAAAUCUGAGAGAGUCCUAUUCCACUACAAUGGACAUGGAGUGCCCAAACCAACUCCGAAUGGUGAAAUUUGGCUGUUUAAUAAGAGUUAUACACAGUACAUCCCGUUGACGCUCAAUGAUCUGGAUUCAUGGAUGAAGACGCCUUCAAUAUAUGUUUUUGACUGCUCUGCUGCUGGGUUGAUUAUCAGCGCAUUCGUUGAGCUCCUGGAUCAGAGUACUUCAACUUCUGGACCUUCCGCGAAGGACUGUAUUUUGCUUGCAGCCUGUGAAGCUCACGAGACACUUCCUCAGAGUGCUGAAUUUCCUGCUGAUGUAUUUACAUCCUGCCUCACGACUCCCAUAAAAAUGGCAUUAAGAUGGUUUUGCACUCGGUCUCUGCUCCAUGAGUCCUUUGAUUAUUCGAUGAUAGAUAGAAUUCCUGGUCGCCAAACAGACCGGAAGACCCUUCUUGGGGAGUUGAACUGGAUAUUCACAGCUGUCACUGACACUAUUGCCUGGAAUGUACUUCCGCACGACUUGUUCAGGAGAUUGUUUAGGCAAGAUCUUUUAGUUGCCAGUCUGUUUCGGAACUUUUUGUUGGCUGAAAGGAUUAUGCGUUCUGCAAAUUGUUCACCAAUGUCAUAUCCGGUGUUGCCACCAACUCAUCAGCAUCAUAUGUGGGAUGCGUGGGAUAUGGCUGCUGAAAUCUGCAUUUCUCAGCUUCCUACUUUAGUUGAUGAUCCAAAUGCAGAGUUCCAGCCUAGCCCAUUUUUUACAGAGCAGUUAACAGCUUUUGAAGUGUGGCUUGAUCAUGGAUCAGAACGUAAGAAGCCACCAGAACAGUUGCCAAUUGUUCUUCAGGUGCUACUUAGUCAAUUACAUAGAUUUCGUGCUCUGGUGCUUCUUGGUAGAUUUUUGGAUAUGGGACCUUGGGCCGUGGAUCUGGCCUUAUCUGUGGGGAUAUUUCCUUAUGUUUUGAAGCUUUUACAAACCACCACCCCAGAGCUUCAACAAAUUCUUGUAUUCAUCUGGACAAAGAUCCUUGCAUUGGAUAAGUCUUGUCAGGUUGAUCUUGUGAAGGAUGGGGGGCACACAUAUUUCAUUAGGUUUUUGGACAGUAUUGACGCCUACCCUGAGCAACGUGCAAUGGCUGCAUUUGUUUUGGCUGUCAUUGUAGAUGGUCAUAGGCGGGGUCAAGAAACAUGUAUUGAAGCUGGUCUAAUACAUGUCUGCCUCAAGCACCUUCAGUGCUCAUCUCCUAAUGAUGCACAAACUGAGCCUCUAUUUCUUCAGUGGAUAUGCUUGUGCCUCGGGAAAUUGUGGGAAGAUUUUUCAGAGGCUCAGCUAAUAGGUUUGCAGGCUGAUGCCCCUGCUAUUAUUUCACCUCUACUUUUGGAGCCACAGCCUGAGGUCCGUGCUGCAGCUGUUUUUGCCCUAGGCACUGCCCUUGAUGUAGGGUCUGACACAUCGAGAGAUGGUCAAGGGGAAGAAGAUGACGAUGAUGAAAAAGUGAAGGCUGAAGCCGGUAUUGUUAAGAACCUUUUAAAUGUUGUUUCUGAUGGAAGCCCGCUAGUUCGAGCAGAAGUUGCUGUGGCUCUGUCUCGUUUUGCCUUUGGCCAUAACAAACACCUAAAGUCAGUUGCUGCUGCAUACUGGAAGCCCCAAUCCAGUUCCGUGCUCACUUCCUUGCCAUCUUUUGCGGUCAAGGGUUCAAGUAGUGGCUAUACAACUCCAACCCACUACAUGCCACAUGGAAGUAUAGUUCCAUCUCCUAUUGCUCCAUUACUACGAGUUGGGCAUGACAGCCAGCCAGUAUCUCGUGAUGGGAGAGUAUCCAGCAGUAGCCCUCUUGCAACCCCUGGAAUUAUGCAUGGUUCUCCACUUUCUGAUGAUUCAUCACAGCAUUCUGAUUAUGGGGCACUAAAUGACUGUGUUACCAAUGGGGUUCUCAGCUACUCAAGGCGAAAGCCACUGGAUAAUGCACUAUAUUCACAAUGUGUAUUAGCCAUGUUUAAUCUGGCCAAGGAUCCAUCACCACGUGUUGAAAGCCUUGGGCGGAGAGUGCUGGCCAUUAUUGGUAUAGAACAAGUAGUUGCAAAAUCUUUCAAGCCUGCUGGUGUAAGCAUUCGUCCUGGUGAACCAAGUACGAGUGCAAGCGCUAGUCUUGCUGGGCUAGCACGUUCAUCAUCUUGGUUUGAAUUGACUGGAGGAGCCCAUUUGCCACUGGCUUUUAGAACCCCUCCGGUUAGUCCUCCUAGACCAAGCUACAUGACUGGGAUGCGGAGAGUAUGCUCCUUGGAAUUUAGGCCGCAUUUGAUGAGUUCUCCGGACUCAGGAUUAGCUGAUCCACUUUUAGCUUCUCCUGGACCAUCCGGGGUUUCAGAUCGUAGUUUUCUUCCACAAUCAAUGAUCUAUAAUUGGAGUUGUGGUCACUUUUCAAAGCCACUUCUUACUGCAAUGGAUGAUACUGAAGACGUAAUUGCGAGAAGAGAAGAAAGGGAGAAACUGGCCCUGGAUCAUAUUGUUAAAUGCCAACACUCCUCUUUGAGUAAAAUGCAGAAUCAAAUUGCUAGCUGGGAUACAAAAUUUGAGACUGGCACCAAGACUGCUUUGCUGCAGCCCUUCUCGCCUGUUGUGAUUGCUUCUGACGAAAAUGAAAGGAUAAGGGUGUGGAAUUAUGAGGAAGCAACACUGCUUAACAGCUUCAAUAACCAUGAUUACCCCGACAAAGGAGUUUCUAAGCUCUGUCUUGUAAAUGAGUUUGAGGAGAACUUGCUUCUUGUUGCAUCAAAUGAUGGAAAUAUCCGGAUUUGGAAAGAUUACAGUUCAAAGGGACAACAGAAGUUGGUUACUGCUUUUGCUUCAAUCCAGGGUCACCGACCUGGUGUCCGCAGUGUGAAUGCUGUUGUGGAUUGGCAACAGCAAUCAGGAUAUCUUUUUUCUUCCGGUGAGAUUUCGUCGAUCAUGGCUUGGGAUCUGGAUAAAGAGCAACUUGUCAGUACUAUUCCCUUGGCAUCAGAUUCCAGCAUCUCAGCGCUGGCUGUUUCUCAAGUUCAUGGAGGUCAAUUUGCUGCUGGAUUUGUGGAUGGUUAUGUCAGAUUAUAUGAUAUUCGUACUCCAGAGAUGGUUGUCAGUGCAACUCGACCUCACACUCAAAGAGUUGAAAGAGUUGUAGGAAUUGGCUUCCAACCUGGUCUUGAACCAGCAAAGAUCGUCAGUGCAUCCCAGGCAGGGAAUAUUCAGUUCCUAGAUAUGAGAAGUGCGAAAGACAAAUACCUAACAAUCGAUGCACAUAGAGGAUCACUUACAGCUUUAGCAGUUCAUCGACAUGCACCGAUUAUUGCAAGUGGCUCAGCCAAACAACUCAUUAAGGUGUUCAAUCUGGAGGGUGAUCCAUUAGGCACUAUCAGGUAUUAUCCUACUUUUAUGGCACAAAAGAUAGGAUCUGUUAGCUGCCUCACAUUCCAUCCUUAUCAAGUCCUCCUUGCUGCUGGUGCUGCUGAUGCAUGUGUUUCAAUAUAUGCCGAUGAAAUAUUACCACCAAGAUAAUAACCAUCUUUUCAAAGCAUUUUACAGUGGUGGAUGAUUCGGGUUCUUUGUUUGACGGUGUAUAAUAUAUUAAUUAAGCCUCCUCAUUCUGGUAUCUACUAGAAAAAGUUUACAGGGGAAUCAACUCAAUGGAGGCUUUUGGCAAAUAAUCUUUGUUUAUAGGUGAAGAAAGGUGUAAAUAUUUCAUUGUUUUUUCUUGUUUGUUUGUCAUUGUGUUUCUUUUUAGUGUGCCUUUCUUUUUAAUUUAUGUUUUUUUGGCCUUUUAAUUUAUCUUUUUCGUACUAAUUUACAGCUGCAACCCCUUUGUUCAAUUUGUACAGUGAAAUUUGGUCUUCAACUAAUAUAAUUUAAAUUGUUGACCUAUG